GGGAUAUAUCAUAUAGACUUAAUAUAGAUCUAGUUUAUGUAAAUUUUUAAAGCAAAACUAGAUCUAAAGACCUAGAUUCUAGUUCAGUAGUUGUAACUAUUUAAGACUGAGAUUUUAUACUGCUCAUAAGGUCAUGUAGCUAAAUCAAAGGCCAAAGGGCAUGAUCACGAUGCGUUAAAUUUGAUAUAGAAUAUAGAUUAUAGACUCUAGAUCUAGUCAAUACUCAUAGAAUCUAUAUCUGCGGAUUUUUCUAGAUCUAGAGCUAAUCAAGAAUAAAAAACAUUUGGUUAAGUUACAUCUAGAGUAUUUGAUGCUAUCUAUAACUUAACUGGGAAUGAUAAUGAUAAUUUUAAGACUUUGAGUGUACAUCUAAUCUUUAAAAGGCUUCUUAAGCCUGUAAUCUUAGAUUGUGUUGCUUAUAGUCUGUGUCAGGGUGUAGGCUAUAUAUUUCAGUUUAUCACUUUAUGACUUGGUAUAGGCCUAGAUAAAAUUUAUAAAAAGCAUAUUCCCAAGCAAAAUGAUAAAAUGAUUUAUUUUAAAAGAUAAUUUAAGUUAAUGAAAACUUAUAAAUGGAGUUUAAAUCCAGAAGAUCAGUAUUAGUGGCUAAAAAUGGAUGUGUAGCCUGUACCAACCCUUUAGCAGCACAAGCAGGUCUGGAUAUUCUCAAGGCUGGAGGAAAUGCAGCAGAUGCAGCUGUGGCUGUUGCAGCUGCCUUAAAUGUUACAGAACCAAUGUCAACAGGGAUUGGGGGCGAUGCAUUUUGUCUGUUCUAUGACAGCUUGACAAAAACUGUGAAGGGCAUUAAUGGCAGUGGAAGAUCAUCUGAGAAAGCUUCCUUGAGAAGAUUAGAAGCUGAAGGCUAUAAUAAAAACCACCAUUUUUCUCCACUUCAUGGACAUGCUGUAACAGUUCCUGGUGCUGCCAGUGUUUGGGUUGAUACUAUCACACGGUUUGGCAGUCAAAAGUUAUCUUUGCUGGAAAAUUUGAAACCAGCAAUAGAAAUGGCAGAAACAGGAUUCCCUGUGCAGGAAAUAGCUUCCAAAUUUUGGGCCUCUGGUGCCUCAUCAUUAAAAAGACCAGAAAAUAUUUAUGGCAAAGACCUGCUUUUGAAUGGUGAAGCCCCACAACAUGGGGAUCUUAUGAAAAAUCCACAUCUUGCUAAUACAUUUAAGGAACUUGGGACACAGGGAAAAAAAGGUUUUUAUGAAGGAAGGAUUGCAAAAGCUGUUUCAGAUAGUAUUCAACAACAUGGUGGUUUGAUAACCAUAGAAGACAUGUCAGCUCAUGAAGCAACUGAAGAAAUGCCAAUAUCUACUGAGUAUAAAGGUUGUAAAGUCUGGGAGAUGCCGCCCAGUGGCCAGGGUAUUGUUGCCUUGAUAGCUCUUAAUAUAUUAGAAGGAUUCGACUUGAACUCAAUGGGACAUAAUAGCUCUGUUUACCUUCACCAUGUAAUAGAAAGUUUAAGGUUGGCAUUUGCAGAUGGUCUGCACUACUGUGCUGAUCCAAGUCAGGUGGAUAUACCCAUAGAAAAGUUGUUAUCAAAAGAAUAUGCAGAAAAACGUCGAAAUUUGAUAGAGAGUAACAAAAGAAUCCCAGUCUCUCUCUUAGAAACUGAUGGCCUUGACCUACCUGCAGGGAAUGAUACAGUUUACUUCACCACUGCUGACAAAUAUGGCAAUGCUUGCUCCUUCAUAAACAGUAACUACAUGGGCUUUGGUACUGGUAUAGUACCUGAAGGGUGUGGAUUCACUUUACAGAACAGAGGCUUUGGUUUCUCCUUAGACGCCUCACACAGAAAUGUUUUAGCACCAAGAAAAAGACCGUAUCACACCAUCAUUCCAUCUAUGGUGACAUCUGCAGAAACAAAUGAACUUCUUAUGAGCUAUGGAGUAAUGGGUGGUUACAUGCAGCCCCAAGGUCAUGUUCAAGUCCUUCUUAACAUGUUAGAAUUUGGAUGUAAUCCACAAACUGCUCUGGAUCUGCCAAGGAUUAAUCUUGGUUCUCUAAAUGAAUCUGCACACAACCCAAAAUGUCUUUUUCAAGCUGUAGACAUAGAAGAAGGGAUUCCAUUAGAUGUUAUGCUUGAUUUAGAGAAAUUGCAGCACAAUCCUAGCUUAAUAUCAGGCUUGAAAAGAUGUUAUUUUGGCAGAGGGCAAAUUAUCAGUAGAGGUUCUCAUUGGUGGGAUAGCAAAACUAUAAAUUCCUCUAAGCCCAUGUAUUGGGCUGGCUCUGAUCCUAGGGCUGAUGGCCUGGUAGCUGCUUAUUAGUAUAGUUGUAAAUGCAGAGAAACUAGAUAAAUAUUUGAUUCUAUUCAAUAAUGAAAAUAAUUAAAGCAUUAAAUCUGUCAAAUGUAAAGAACUAAUGCUAUGUUGUGUAAAGUUAGGUAGUCAGUAUGUCUUGCUCAAUAUUCACAUCAAUUAUGCCACCAAUAUCAAUAUUGAAUAAAUAAAAAGUCUCUAUGUACUGUGUAAUGUUCACUUUCAGGUUUUUUUAUAUUGGAAUUACAAUGACAGGAAAAGAUAGCUCAAAUUCCAUUACUUUAAGAACCUUAAGGUGUAGUUUUUAUAAUUGCUAACCAGGAUUUUUUUAAUAGGAUGCUAAUCAGAAAGGAGAUCACUUCAAUUAAACAGAGUACAUUAUUAUUUUUUUUACUUACCUUUACCUUUAUUAGUCUGUUGUUAACUGUUGGGGCACCAGGCAAGAUUUGUCGACCAUCUUUUUCCAUUCAUGUCUUUUGUUUUAGUGAGAACCUCCUUCAUUGGCAGGCCUGUCCAUUUUUUAAUAUUGCCUUUCCUUCGCUUUCUGUCUACCUCUUCUUUUUCCUGGUACUGUUCCCUGAAGGGAGAUCUUUGUGAGCCCAGAAGACCUUGUAAUAUGCCCAUAGAUUUUUAGCUUGCAUUUUAUUUUACGAUAGCAAGUCAUCAUGGGGUCCAGUUGCUGUAGUAACCCUGUCUCUAAUCUCUUGGUUUGUGAUGAUAGCAAGUCAUCAUGGGGUCCAGUUGCUGUAGUAACCCUGUCUCUAAUUUCUUGGUUUGUGAUGUUAGCAAGUCAUCAUGGGGUCCAGUUGCUGUAGUAACCCUGUCUCUAAUCUCUUGGUUUGUGAUGUUAGCAAGUCAUCAUGGGGUCCAGUUGCUGUAGUAACCCUGUCUCUAAUCUCUUGGUUUGUGGUGUUAGCAAGUCAUCAUGGGGUUCAGUUGCUGCAGUAACCCUGUCUCUAAUCUCUUGGUUUGUGAUGUUAGCAAGUCAUCAUGGGGUCCAGUUGCUGCAGUAACCCUGUCUCUAAUCUCUUGGUUUGUGAUGUUAGCAAGUCAUCAUGGGGUCCAGUUGCUGUAGUAACCCUGUCUCUAAUCUCUUGGUUUGUGAUGUUAGCAAGUCAUCAUGGGGUCCAGUUGCUGCAGUAACCCUGUCUCUAAUCUCUUGGUUUGUGAUGUUAGCAAGUCAUCAUGGGGUCCAGUUGCUGCAGUAACCCUGUCUCUAAUCUCUUGGUUUGUGAUGUUAGCAAGUCAUCAUGGGGUCCAGUUGCUGCAGUAACCCUGUCUCUAAUCUCUUGGUUUGUGGUGUUAGCAAGUCAUCAUGGGGUUCAGUUGCUGCAGUAACCCUGUCUCUAAUCUCUUGGUUUGUGAUGUUAGCAAGUCAUCAUGGGGUCCAGUUGCUGCAGUAACCCUGUCUCUAAUCUCUUGGUUUGUGAUGUUAGCAAGUCAUCAUGGGGUCCAGUUGCUGUAGUAACCCUGUCUCUAAUCUCUUGGUUUGUGAUGUUAGCAAGUCAUCAUGGGGUCCAGUUGCUGCAGUAACCCUGUCUCUAAUCUCUUGGUUUGUGGUGUUAGCAAGUCAUCAUGGGGUCCAGUUGCUGCAGUAACCCUGUCUCUAAUCUCUUGGUUUGUGAUGUUAGCAAGUCAUCAUGGGGUCCAGUUGCUGUAGUAACCCUGUCUCUAAUCUCUUGGUUUGUGAUGUUAGCAAGUCAUCAUGGGGUCCAGUUGCUGUAGUAACCCUGUCUCUAAUCUCUUGGUUUGUGAUGUUAGCAAGUCAUCAUGGGGUCCAGUUGCUGUAGUAACCCUGUCUCUAAUCUCUUGGUUUGUGAUGUUAGCAAGUCAUCAUGGGGUCCAGUUGCUGCAGUAACCCUGUCUCUAAUCUCUUGGUUUGUGGUGUUAGCAAGUCAUCAUGGGGUCCAGUUGCUGCAGUAACCCUGUCUCUAAUCUCUUGGUUUGUGAUGUUAGCAAGUCAUCAUGGGGUCCAGUUGCUGUAGUAACCCUGUCUCUAAUCUCUUGGUUUGUGA